AUGGCAGUAGAUACACCAUUAUACAUUGACGGAAACAUUUACAGAGACGGUGAUAUUUUCAGUUUGUGCUUGAACAAGUUCGAAACCUUUCAAGUAGGCCACACCACAGAUCUUACAGGGACUCUUGUAAAUUCUUCAGCACCAAUAGCUGUUUUCUCCGGCGAUGAAUGCACACGACUUUUGUCACGCGGGGCAUGUGAUCAUCUUGUUGAACAAGUUCCGCCUUUUUUGAAUCUUGAUAAUGUUUUCAUUGUUCCAUCACAUGCUGAAGACCGUACUACAGUCGUCCGGGUUAUGGCGGGAAAGGACACAAAUCUUACAUACACUGUGAAUUCUAUCACAACAAACUUAACUUUGACCACAGGAAGUUCGCGAGAAGUAUCAAUUUAUAGCAACCAGAUCUGUUUAAUACAAUCCGAGGGUCCUAUUCUUGUUACAAGUGUAAGUGUCGCAUCGACAACCACUACAAAUGGAGAUCCUUAUAUGACCAUUGUUCCUGGCAUUCACCAGUUUAUUGAUUAUUACAAGGUGCCAAUCCCAUACAACUACAAAACCAACUAUGUGUCCAUUACAAUUAAUUCCAGCGCUGUGUCUGACAUCUUAACAAACGGAACUUCAGUUUCGCAAUCGAACAAAGUGUAUGAAAGUACGAUAACUUCAGCAAGUGGGAACUUCACGGUUUUGACAUUGAAAGUAAUACCAGGUGAACUUACAAUACAGACAACGAAUCAUAUACCUUUUGGACUUCUUAUAUACGGGCAUGGUGAAUUUGUUGGUUAUGGAUUUUCAGGAAACACUCUUCUACAAGAUGAUGAAUGA